AUGGCGACAGACGCUCCCCCCGCCGCCGUCCCCGCCGCCGAUGCCGCCGCCGGCGCCGGCGCUUCCGCCGCGGCGACGGAGAAACUAAGCGACGCGCUCGUGCCGAUCCACAAGGAGCUGCUGGACCUGCGCGACACGCUCAAGGCGAUGCAGGAGGCGAAGACGCCGCCGACGGAGGAGGCGCUGCUGCCGCUGCAGGAGCGGCUCGACGCGGUGGAUAACAAACGCGUGGACGGCAUCUUCGGCGGGUCGCUCAAGACCGUCAUUCCCGAGGGCCAGGCGAUCCUGCACGAGCUCAUGGACGAAGCUUACGACCUGGUCAGUGAGCUCGUAGUCAAGGCCUCCGAGAUGCCUCCGGAGAUGAAGCAGAUCUACGACACGCUGUGCGGGCUGAAGCGCAAGCUGCAGAAGAUGAAGGCGGACCGGUCGUACUCGCUGGAGGACAUCCACCACUACCAGCUCAUGGUCGAUGCCAUCGACUCGCGCCGCGUGGACGGCAUCUUCGCGGGCAACCUGCAGUCGAUCCCGCCCGGCCAGGCGCAGUGCAGCACGGUGCUGUUCCAGGUGUACGGUACGUGGGGGGCGGGGGAAGGGGGGGAAAAGAGAGGGGGGGGGGCAGGGGGGAGGGGAACGGGGAAUGAGCUGCUGCGCAUCCUGCUCGGUUCCGCACACGAGAUGAACGCAGAGAUGCGUGGCAUCUACACGCACCUCAUCGGCAUCAAGCGCAAGCUCAUUGAGCUCAAGAGCAAGCACGUCAAGCACAGCACGGAGGACCUGCACAUCUACCAGCUGCAGCUGGAUGCCAUUGAUAGGGACCGCCUGCUGCGUAUCCUGCUGGGUUCCGCGCACGAGAUGAACGCAGAGAUGCGCGGCAUCUACACGCACCUCAUCGGCAUCAAGCGCAAGCUGAUCGAGCUCAAGAGCAAGCACGUCAAGCACAGCACAGAGGACCUGCACAUCUACCAGCUGCAGCUGGAUGCCAUUGAUAGGGACCGUGUGGACGGCAUUUUCGGCGGCUCGCCCAAGACGGGGAUUCCGGCCGGGCAGGCGGUUUGCUCCACGCUCAUCGCGCAGUGCUUUAAGCUCGUGCAGGACUUGCAGGAAACGGCGACGGAUGUGUAG